AUGGAAGUUUGUACUAAUGAAAACACGAAUAAGGUGUUUGGUGGCGAAGAUUUGUCUUGGGCUUUGCAAAUUGGUGAUCUUGAUACAGUCAAAGAACAGUUGCAGAGACUUACCAGAGAAAAUGGGGUAAUUAUUCUUAAUCGAUCAGUAAUUAAUUACUUUUAUCUUCUAAUUUAUAGUUCAAAAGAUCAAAUUACAUUGGUCUAGAUCAUUUGUUAUAGUAAAUAAUUUAUUAUUAAAGUCGAUCUAGGUACAAGUAUUAACCAUUGUUUCAAUUUUAAAUACUUACAAGUUAAGCUUUGUUUAUUGAUUAAAAUAGCCUGUUAUUGAUAUAUUAGGUACUUAAAUUAUUACAUUUUAAACUAUAUUGUUGUUACAGAAUUGGGAUGUAAAUAAUGUUUCGAAUGGCAGAACUAUGUUACAUAAGGCAUGCGAUUUUGGUCAUUUGGACAUUGUUGAGUAUUUAAUUCAAAAUGGUGCGGACAUAAAUGUAAGAUAACUAUUAUUUUUUUACUCAUUUUUACUAGGUAGCAUAUAUAUUUCUAAUUUAAUGUUACCUAUAUAUAUUAAAUCCUGAUAAUAACAAAUCUAAUGUAUUAUUUAUUAAUAUAGGGCAAAAUAAUUAUGAUAUGAAUUUAUGGGUACUCAUAGUGGUGGGGGGGCAGUAAAGUUAUUUGCUCCCCUUGAGUUUUUUUUACCAUUAUGUAGCACAGUAACGCUGAACCCUAUGUUAUAAUUGUGCCUUAACCUAAAUUCUUUUAAAAAUUAAGCAUAGGGUCAUUUCAUUUUGGCCCAAAGUCUGGUUGUUAAAUUGAAUGAAUACUUCAUGACAGAAAUAAAAAUCUAUGUUAACCAAAAUUUAAGACAUUAAAUUGGCUGUGUUUAAUUAUUAGGGAUUCUUGAAAUGUUUUUCCCACGAUUACAUUUUUAACACUUCCAUGUCAAAUAAAAAAAAAAUAAUAAUAACAAUAAUGAUAUAAAUAAAAAUGUGAAUGUUAAUAUGAGUAUUUGCUCCUUUUCGAUUCAUUUCUGUAAACACCUUUUUGUGGAAUUAAACUUUUAUGAUUAAUACAUUUUUAUCCAUUUAUUAUCAUUUUAUAUUUUUUAAGAAAUAUCUGUUUUUUAAUUAUAUACAGUAUAUUCUCGGUUAUCCGCGCGAAAGGGUGGCAUAUCCAGGGAUAAGUAAACUUCACAGACAAUCUAAAUUCAAAUUGGAACAAAAAUUCAAUUAUUAUUUUAUUAAAAAAUUAUAAUAAGAACACCUUUUAUUUUUUGACAACAAAGUUCUAUUUGAUACGCGUAUCUUGCACAGCAGAUGGCAGUAGACGGCAGUAUUCUAAUGCAGUGGUCUUCAACUUUUUUGGACUCACGACCCACUUUUUUAGUCGUACAUUAUUCCCGAUCCACAUAAGGCAUACAUAAAGAAAAACAUUUGUGGAACAGCAAAAAAAAUCUAAAGUUGCUUAAUACUUUGUAGUAGUACUGUUAUAACUGAAAAAAUAAUAAUAAAAAAAACUUUUUAACGUACAUGUGACUAGAAUAAUAAUGCGACUAAUAUUUAUUUGAAACAUAUACUGUGAUUUAAAAUCCAUUAUACUAUUAUAUUUUUGAAUAUAAACUAUAUAUAUAUAUAUAUAUUGUUUAUAUAUAAUAUAUCACAAUAAUUUUCAAACUGUUUUUUCAUUUAUUAAUUUUCUAAGUUUGAUAAUUAAACAACUUUUUGUAUAUUUUAUAUAAUUGUAUAAAUUUAAUUUUUAUUUUAAAAAGAAAACUUAUCGCGACCCAAUUUUUAAACUUAAGCGACCCAAAAAUGGGUCAUGACUCACUGGUUGAAGAUCACUGCUCUAAUGCAUGGUGAAAGAGAUGUGUGUGUAUAGGUCAUUCUAUUAUAGGUAACGAAAAUAAAUUGAAAUUGCUGUUAUUGCAAACCUAAUUAGACCAAUUCAUGGAGCUAUAAUGAUUUACAUAUUUUAUAUUAUUAUAUUUUUUGUAUGUACAUAUUCCAUCUGCAGAAGACUGUGGAUAAUCUAUAGUAUAUGACAUAUAAAUAAUUAACAUUGUGUAAUUUUUUAGGUAUUUUAUUUCACAUAUUUCAUUAUAUACUUUGUAAUAUUAUUAAAAUAGAUAAAUUGUUGUGUUUAAGUUGAAAUUAGAAUUAAUUACAAAAUUUUAAAAGUUUGAUAUUUCUGAAGACUACAUGCACUUUAUUUUUUUUUUUGCUGUCUUCUUAUCUGUUGUUUAUGGUAAUAUUCUAAUUUAUUUCAACCUUAAUACCACAAUUUAUAUUUUAAGUAGUGUAAUUUUUUUAAUUUACCUAUUAAUUAGACUAAGAUAGUAGAUGAUGUGGGUGUAGAGUACUCUUAAAAAAAUGCAUAAAUACCUUCAAAUCUUUAUAAUUUAUAGACAGUCAUUUUAAAUUCUAGGUGGAGCGAAUAAUUUUAUGGUUUUACAAAAAUUUUUAUUUUAUUUUUUUAUUUGUACACAACUUUUCAACCAGAAAUCUUAAUCUGAUUUUUAAGUGUAGCACCUUUUAUGAAAGAAAAUUGGUGUGUGUGUGGGAAGAUACUUUAUGGAGGCCAUUUUUCGAUUUUACCAAGAGUUUUCCCAGCAAAUGUGAAAAACUAAGAAAAAACAUAGGACAUAUGACAUAUAUAUUGUUGAAAAAACAACACUAUCAACUGGACUUCCCUAAAAAUUGUUUUUUGUUAGCAAUGAUUUAUCGGUGCUUACAGGUAUACAUUAAAUUACCCAUAACAGUGGCUGCACUCUUCCCUAUUAUCCUAGGACAGCUUUUUGUUUUUUGUUUUUUUUAUUAUACCAAAAAUGUUUUCAACUAAUAGUACCUAAUAUGAAAAAUCAUAUUUUAUCAAUGGAUUAAUUGCAAAAAACGGUGGUUCAAUGUUUAAAGUAUAAAAUAAAAUGUAUCAAAUCUAACUAUUUAUUAUUUUCACCAUAAAAUAAAUAAACAAUUAUAUUUUAAAUUAAUUAUUUAUUUGUUUUUAUGUUAUUAGAAGAAAGACAAUUUUGGCAUCACUCCAUUAUUAUGUGCUCUAUGGGAGAAUCAUCUAAGUGUUGCUAAAUAUUUAAUUGAUAAGGUAAUAUAAUAUGUUUGUUGAUAUACAAAAUAUACUUUGCCUAAACAACCAAGUAUCCACAGCACAAAUUAAAAAUUUAUCAUUUUUAUGGCUGUUAAUGAUCCUACUCUGUUGUCUGACUGGUUUGCCUAUGGCUUGCAUAGAUAUGGUUGUUAUUUAGGCCAGUGGUUUUCAACCUGCUUUCAUGAUUUAUUAUCAAAGAUGUCACAUAUAUAGUAAAAAUAUUACAGUAUUACAGUAAAUUUGUUUAUUUAAAUUUGUAUUAUUACUAUUAUUUGUAAAGGGGUCUUUAAUUAGGCUUUCAAAAUCAGAAGAGCCAUGGACCUAAAAAGGUUGGAAACCACUGAUUUAGGUUGUUUAGGCAACAUGCAUUUUAGGUAUAAAUCUAGUUUACAACCCAAGUUUGUAUUUAAAUUUUUUUUUCAAAAUGUGUGUUUUUGCCUGUACAUUAAGAAUUAAAAAAAAAAAACUAGGACAAACCUUGUUUGGAAGUUAUGGGAGAAAAUUUCAUAAAGUUCUGGUUUUUGUUUCUUUUUAUGUAUUUCUUGGUUAUAAUUUAACAUUUAAAUUUUUUUUUUUUUUUACAAAAUUUGUGUUUUUUAAUGCCUAUAAUUAUUGGUAUAAUCAACACUUAUUUAUCAUAUUUACUUUUAUAGUUAUUGUACAUAAACCUACCCACCUAUAAUCCUUAUAUCUUUGUUACUUACUCAAUGUGGUUUUGCACAACAAAUAGGGUUAUUUUUGAUUAACAUUGACUGAGCGAGUUUGUAACUCUAAAUCUAAGCCAGAUAGACUUAUUCUGACUUUAAUAAAAAAAAAUUUGUUAUCAAAAUAUCAAUAACUAAUAAAAAAGUAAUUAUGAUUGGUAACUUUUGAUAAUACCCAUGGAUUAAGCAUUAAAAAACACAUAUUUUGUCUAAAAAAAAAAUGAAAAUGUUAAAUUCUAACUAUGAAAUACUCAAACGAAAAACCCAAACUUAUGAAGUUAUCUCCCAUAAAUUCCAAAUGAAGAUCAUCAGAAUUUUUUCUUUUAGAUUCUUAAUGUAGAGGCAAAAACACAAGUUUUGAAAAACAAGCUUGGGUUGUAAUCUAGAUUUGUUCCACCUUUUAUUUUACUUCAUUGAUAACAUUUAUAUUAUUUUAUAGGGAGCCACAACUACAUUUCUAACACCUGAAGGGCUAAAAUAUUAUGAAUGCAUUGAAGACACUGAUAUGAUCAGAUUAUUAAAACAAUUAGAAAAUAAAUAA